UGCCGACAGGGAUAGUUCUUCCUCCGCUGCUCAACCAAAAACCGAGCGAUUCAAGAAUGUAGACGUUCCAUUGGGAUAACAACCACGCACAUCGAAACACAGCUAAAGGUAGGAUGUGACAGCAGAGAUGAGGUGCUCACUGUCGACCACGCCCCCCUGACUUUGAGAAGCUCCGACCCGACAUCAAGCCACGCCCAUCUCAUUAGUGGUGGUGAGAGAAGAUGCAUUGCCAGACUAAUAUGCAAUCGACUGUCACAGACCCACAUACAAAAGUAUAUGAUGAUGGAGAGGAGUCUCCCUGUGUAGGUCCAUGAUGGACAUCGUCUUGACCACAGCAGCUGAAGGCCCCCUCCAAGCUCAUGUAUGUACGUUGUUAUGGCAACAAUGGAUGGUAACACGGACGUUGAGACCCUGUUGGCUGCGAUCCACCUGGAGCGAUACCUGAAGACCUUCCGCCAGUCUGGCUUCCUCUUGGCCAGGGACCUCAGCCAUCUAGACAAUGGAGCUCUCAUCCAGCUGGGUGUAACUGCCACCGGACACCGGAAGAGAAUACUGAGGCUUGUCCAGCACAUUCAGAGGGCUACCAAUCAGAAUCAGUCGAUUCCGGAGCCAUUAGAGCCCUUAUUGGACCGUUGUCAGUCUGAGUCUGACAUUAAUUCCACACCCAUCCAAUCAGGAGGGCCGAGGUCUGACCAAGGGGGCGAAACAGGGGAUAUUCCAUUUGAAGCUUUCUGGAAUAGUUCUGUUCCUAACAUUCCAUCCAUGUUGAUGAACUCCGGGUCAGAACAGCAGCAACAGUACAAUGGGAAUGUUGUCAUAAAACCGGUUCCAAAACCUAGAACGGUGUUCUACAUACACAAAACAGAACCCGCCCGGUUUCUCUCCUGUCCCGCACCACCGACACCACCAGAUCUCCUGGUUCCGACCCUAACCAGGAACCCAUCUCAGGAACCUCUCUGCUUCACCAUAUUGGAUGGUUUGGCUUCAGGAGAAUUUAACACUGACACAGUGGUGGUGGGGCCUACCCCUGCCCCUACCCCUGCCCCUGCCCCUAACCCUGCCCCUAACCCUGCCCAUACCCCUGCCCCUACCCCUAACCCUACCCCUGCCCCUACCCCUGCCCCUAACCCUGCCCCUACCCCUACCCCUGCCCCUACCCCUACCCCUGCCCCUAACCCUGCCCCUAACCCUGCCCCUACCCCUAACCCUGCCCCUAACCCUGCCCCUAACCCUGCCCCUACCCCUAACCCUAACCCUGCCCCUACCCCUGCCCUGAGACACAGCCUAAGACUGAGAGAGAGGAGGCUGAGUUACUCUUCAGACUCUGGAGGUCCCCUGCCCCCUGUUCCCCCUCGGCUGAACCGAGGUACCCCUCCAGCCAUGUUUAGUGGACCUACAUCCACACCACCGUCAUCUGGUGGCAGGACUGAACAAAACCAGGACCGGCGUAUGACAACCACACCUCCCUCAUCCCCUUGUAACUAUGACGAUACUGGAUUCCCCUCUUUGACCACUUCCCCCUCCGGCUCCCCGAUGGAGAUGGUCUCCAAUGAGAUCUACUGUGGCACUUCACCUGGCACGGCAGCCAGUAGUGGACGGAUUCCCUGCGACGCUCCUCAAACACCCCCACGGCCAGAGAUCCACACCCCUCCUGAAAGAAAUAGCACUUUAAGUAACAACUCUUGUGAAUCGUCCCAUGGAGUCCCCAUGGAGGACCCAGAGGAGGAGAUCAGUCCCUACUGUGAAACAGUCUUCCAGACCAGACGACCACUGCAGCACUCUGAGGCGGAAAGGACCAACAGUGAAGGAAAGACCGGAAUGACAAGAAAGGGGGAAGAGAAGCACAGAGAGGAUCAUGGGACACCCAAACUCUCCUGGGCCCAACGUCUGUCCCACGCCCUCCACAGUGAGUCCCAGGGCUACAGCACUGUAGGAGAGGCAUCACAACCCCCUCGCUGCCUCUCCUUACCCCCCAACCUGUACCCGUCGGAGCCAGAUGAGGACCAGACGAUAUCCCCCUACGCCAGCUACACAUCUCUCUCUGAGCAGACUGAACCCAUCAUCUGUGGCUGGCUGGAUAAGCUAUCACCACAAGGGAACUAUGUAUUCCAGAAACGCUAUGUGAAGUUUGAUGGCAAAAAUCUGCUGUACUUCGGCAGUGAAAAGGACCCGUACCCCAAAGGAGUGAUCCCUCUGGCCGCGAUACAGAUGGUCCGCAUGGCCAAAGACCAUAAAUUUGAGAUAGUGACAAGUCACAGGACGUUUGUCUUCCGGGCUGAUAACGAAGUGCAGAGACAUCAGUGGUGCAGUACCCUACAGGGGAGGGUGAAGGAACAGCUUGUGUUCGGGCGCCCUCGCUUCGGUCCUGGCAGCCACUGUCAGAGGAGUGGUCCUCUGGAGCUCAAAGGGACCAAGUCAAAAGUCUACGUAGCCGUCAACACAGAGCAGGUCUGGCUGUACAAGAGUGAGCAGUGUUUUAGGAAUGGGAUUGGAAUCACGCUGAUCGAGGCCAGAGGAGCUACGAUCAGAGACGGCAAAGGAAAGAGCUUUGACCUCAUCACACCUUACAAAACAUUCAGUUUCACUGCUGAGUCUGAGCGGGAUAAGAGGGACUGGAUGGAGGCUGUACAGGAGUCCAUAGCAGAGACCCUGUCUGACUACGAGGUGGCUGAGAAGAUCUGGUCCAACAGGUUCAAUAAGCUCUGUGCUGACUGCCAAGCAGUCAACCCUGACUGGGCCUCCAUUAACCUCUGUGUUGUCAUCUGUAAGAACUGUGCAGGUCAACACAGAGGUCUGGGGACUAUGGUGUCUAAAGUACAGAGCCUGAAACUGGACACCAGCGUGUGGAGCAACGAGAUCGUACAGCUCUUCAUAAUGUUGGGGAACGACCGAGCCAAUGAGUUCUGGGCGGCCAGGCUAUCUCCAGCUGAUGGGUUAGACCGUGACGCCACACCGGACCAGCGGAAGGAGUUUAUCAUCCAUAAGUACCGUGAGGGGCGCUACCGACACCCCCACCCCAACUUCAACACACAGGAGGAGCUGCUCAAGGUUCUGUGUACUGCUGUGACCCAGCAGAACCUGCUGAAGACAGUCACCCAGAUCUUCACCGAGGCAGAGACUGUCCGAUCCCGCCUCGCUGCCUCUAAUGGAUAUGACAAGCAUGUGUCUCAGGAAUACUCCUGUUCACAGGACACCUCUGACCACAGUGUCUAUGAUGAGAUUAUGCAGACCGUGCUGCACUCCGGCUACCUCUACAAGUCAGCCUCAAUGAACAAAGGGACAUUAUCCAGGAAAACCCGAGAAGAUUUCCAGAAGUACUGGUGCACGGUGGAGAGGUGUCUUCUGUUCUAUGAGUCUGACCGAUGUCCUGAUCCAAGCAUGAAGAUCAACGUCAAAGACAUCGUCUGUCUGGGGGUCAGCAGGCCGGACUCCUGCAACAACAACGGCUUCAUUGACAGGUUUCUCUAUACGUUUCAACUGUACCUGUCCUCAGAGAAGCUCUAUCAGUUUGGAUUGGUAACUCCUGAUGCACUGCAAUGCUGGGUCAAGGCCAUCGGAAAGGCCGCCACACCUUUAAGCUGCCAUUGCCUGCUAGCGAGGGAGUUUGAGCGGGUGGGAGUGCUGCGUUACAAGGCCAUGCGAGACCCUUCUCAAUGGAAAGAGGGAUAUUUUGUCCUUCAGAAGUCUAACCUCUUCAUCUGCCCAGGGAACGACGGAGCAGCUGAGGACAUUAUCAACCUUAAACGUCUGCAAGAGCUCAGUAUAGUAACUGAGAACCAAAACCAUGAGAAGAAGGAAAUUCUGGUUUUGGUUGAAAAAGGAAGAACGCUUCACCUCCAGGGGAUGGGUCGGUUAGACUUCUCCCUGUGGUACGCAGACAUCCAGAGAGCUGCUGGAGGGAAGGGCAACACCCUGAGAGAACAGCAGCUCAGCAGGAAUGAUAUCCCCAUCAUCGUAGACAGCUGCAUCGCCUUCAUCACACAGUAUGGUCUGGGUCACGAGGGGAUCUACAGGAAGAACGGAGCCACGUCCAGGAUCAAACUACUGAUGGAGGAGUUCAGGAACGAUGCUCGCAACGUCAAGCUCCGGAUCGGGGAUAACUUCAUAGAGGAUGUGACUGACGUGUUGAAGAGGUUCUUCAGGGAGAUAGACGACCCCAUCUUCAUGGCUGACCUGCAUCAGCUAUGGAAGGAGGCUGUCAGAACAGCCAAGGAUAAGAACCAGCGUCUGGACAGAUACAAGGAGAUCAUCCGUAGUUUACCUCGAGUCAACAGGACUACCCUGGCUGCUCUCAUCAGCCACCUCUACAGGGUUCAGAAGUGUGCAGACCUGAACCAGAUGUGUACCAAGAACCUGUCACUGCUGUUUGCCCCCAGCCUCUUUCAGACAGACGGGAAAGGAGAACACGAGGUGAAGAUCGUUGAAGACCUCAUAGACAACUACCUAUAUGUCUUUGAUAUUGAUGAGGAGCAACAGACCCAGAUAGAACUGGAGCUCAGCCUCAUCACCACCUGGAAGGACACACAGCUGUCCCAAGCAGGUGACCUGAUCAUUGAAGUGUACCUGGAGAAGAAGAUGGCAGACAGCUGCAUCACUCUCAAGGUAUCUCCAACCAUGGGUGCUGAGGAGUUGACUAACCAGGUCCUGUACAUGAGGAAUGUCCCAGCAGGGGAGAAGGACGUGUGGCUGACUUUCGAGGCCAUAUAUGAAGGACAACUGGAGCGCCCCCUACACCCCAAAGAGAAGGUGCUGGAGCAGGCUCUACAGUGGUGUAAAAUGGCUGAUCCUAGUUCAGCUUACCUGGUGGUGAAGAGAGUUCCCAGAGGAGAGGGCAUCAACAUCCUCACUGCCUACAGGAGUGAGAUCAUGAAGAUGGGAGUUCUGAAGUGUCGUGAAGAGCCUCCCAAACUCCUCCACGGAAAGGUCUUUCAGGAACACACCUUUCAGAUUAAAGACCACAAGCUGCUACUGCUGAGGGACAAAAAGAGCAUCAAGCCGGAGAAGGAAUGGCCUCUGAAGUCUAUGAAGAUCUACAUGGGAAUCCGAAAGAAGCUGAAACCCCCCACUAGAUGGGGCUUUACUCUCAUGAUGGAAAAACAGCAACUGUACCUUUGUUGCUUUUGUGAGUCCGACCUAUGGGACUGGGUCACCAAUUUCCUCAAAGCACAGAAUGAUGACCCCCGACCUCCGGUGUUGAGGCGUCACUCCUCCUCAGACAUCUCCAAACAGAAGUUUGGGACCAUGCCUCUAAUACCAAUCAGAGGGGACGGACACGAGAGCAACUCUACCAUGCUGUCGGCCAAUCAGACUCUGCGAAAGCUUCACGCCAGAAGGACACUGUCCAUGUUUUUUCCCAUGAAGGUGCAGCAGGACUCGUUCGCGGAGCGUCCAGAGAGUACAGAGCCAGAACCCCCAGAGCCUCUGUAUGAGGAAGUAGGAGACUUCGGCCUGCAGGUCCUCAAGUCCCUGGAGACCAGCUUCCUCUCCAACAACUCCUCAGAGACCCAGGUCCCUGAACGGCCCAUGAGCCUCAGCCUGGGCCCACGGAAGACCUGCUCCCUGGACCGCAUGAUCGGCCUCAACCCGGGGCACUCUCUGGGGCCGGGAGGAGAGGGUCUGCUGCCCCCAGCUGGUUCUCUGGAUACCCUGGUCCUGGGUGGAGGAAGGGACCUCCAGAAGUCUCCCCAGCCAGCGCCGAGGAGGAGGCAGCAGCACAGGCCCUGUACCCCCUCUCAGGAGCUGCUCCUCCAGGAACUGUCCUCCGUCUUCACCAAGAAAACAGAGAAGGAGGAGAAACCGCCAGGAGAGAAGAAUGUAAUCUGAGGAGAGGAAGAGAUGUGUGCACAUGUAUUGUAGACUCAGUCCAGACAGACAGAAUACUGUAAUAGCAUGGGCGUAUGGACACAACCCAUUUGUUUGGGUGGUGUGUCAAAAAUACAUGAUCAGAUAUGAAUAAGCAUUUACUUAUGUUUUAUCCUACAAACUACUUACUGUUCUGCUAUCACUGGUAUGUACAGAUCCGUUUUAUAUUGAAAGAUGCCUUUUGGAUUAUAACGACCUUGCUAAUUGCUUUAGCUAUGAACUAUGGGACACGUUUUUGUACUUGUUUUUGAAUCGUUUACUAAACGACUGAGGGAGAGGAGAAAUGGAUGCUUCUCUCAUCAGGCAUGUCUGGUGGUGAUGCAUUAGGCAUUAAACCAUUAUUUUUGUUAGUAUUAAACAACUAGAUUUGAAAUAUAAAUUUGUUACAGUCUCUGUAUGUAAUAAUUUAUUUUUAAAGAAUAUUUUAUCAACUUUUUUUUGUAAAAGCUGUGAAAGUAAGAAAAGGAGAGCUUUGCUUCUAGAAGCUACACUAUCUAGCCAGUAGGUGGCAGUAUGCACUAUCUCCUAGACAGCCACAGAUAACCCAGUGUGUUGCUACACUAUCUGGCCAGAAGGUGGCAGUAUGCACUCACUAUCCUUUAUAGUACAAAUGGAUCCUUCGUUUUAUUCACCGUUGCACAACCACUGUAUGAUGUGAAUACAGCCAAAUAUAACGAUUGUUAGGGGCACUACAUCUGAAUAUUCUGAAUUCAUGUAUACACUUUCAAGUCUAAUGCUUUUUCAUCAAUAUGCCAUGUUCAAGAUAUCCUCCUUUUUCAUCAGUCUAAAUAGACAAUAAUAUAUUCCAAUUUGACUGCCUUUGCCAAGUGUGUUAUAAUGCGUUUGCCUGCAUUGUCGUCCAUUAGUCAUUAUUCACAACUUACUGUAAAUAGUGUACAUUCUUCUGUAUGCUUAUACCACUUCAAUAUUCAUUAUGCAGUAUUUUAUGUUGCUACAUGAAGGACUAUAUUAAAUGUGAUAUUUUUGUUUUA